CUCUAAAUAUAAAAUAUUUCUUUAGCUAUAUAUUUGUCUUCUUACUCUUUGUUUCAAACAAAAUUCCUCCUUCAUAGAGAAUCAAGAAGCAUUAAUUAGAAGAAAAAACAUGCUAGGAGAAAGUGAUGAGAAGAAUAUGAAAAGCAACUUCAUGAUCAUGGAGAAACAAAAUAUCCAAGAUCAACCACAACAACAACCACAACAACAACAAACCCUAAAAUGCCCUCGUUGCGAUUCAUCGAAUACCAAGUUUUGUUACUACAACAAUUAUAGUUUGUCUCAGCCAAGACAUUUUUGCAAAUCUUGUAAAAGGUAUUGGACUAGAGGUGGAACCCUAAGACAUGUCCCUUUGGGUGGUUCCUCUAGGAAAAACAAAAAUAUCCAGAAACCAAAUUUUGUUACAUCUUCUACAAAUCUUGGUCCUAAUUUUCAUGAACCCCAAGUUGUUGUUGAUCAUACAAAUCCUUUGUUUAAUUAUGGGUUAUCCACUAACCCUUUUGAUCCAAACAUCCAAUUUCCAAGAUUGUUUAAUUUUUCUAGGGUUUUCAAUAAUGAAAACCUUGGAUUAGGGUUUUCUAAUGAAUUCAAGAAGAUCCAAGAUAUUGUAACUAGUACUAAUAACUCUAGUUCUUCACUUCUUUCAAGUUACCCUACUUUUGGAUCUUCUUUAAUAUCUAGUUCAAGUUCAAAUUUGACCUCCCUUAUAGCUCCUACACUUCAUCAACAAAACUUCAUUACCAACAAUGACAAGUUUCAAGAUUCUAAUUACCAUGAGCUUAAUCAGAUUGAAGAGAUGAAUUAUGUUAAUAAUCCUUUUCUUUCUUGGGCUAGUGAUUAUGUUGAUCCUUCAAAUUUAGGGUCUAGUUCACUCCCUUCUCUGAUCUAAGGUAAGAAAAAUAUUUUGUAUAUCUUUUUUACAAUCUACCUCCUUUUUAAUAGUAAUAUUGGUCUUCCCUAGGUAGAUAAUUUUUUGUUUGGUUUUAUUUCUUCCUUUCUUUAGAGCCUGAGCCUUGGAGCAACAAUAAAUUUAUCUUCGUAUGACCGAUAAGUUACGAGUUCGAAUGAUAGAUCUUGCCUUAGGAUAACUAAGCUACCUACAAUAUUACACCCCUUGGAGUGCAGUCCCUUCUCAAACCCUACUUGAAUGUGAGGUGUUUUAUGCACCGUUCUUCUCCUUCUUUCUUUCAAGGCUGAUGGAAAAUAUUUACCGAAAGUAAAAAGAGAAACGACAUGACUUAACAUGGAUGAGCAUGGUGCCUAAGUCAACUUGGGAUAACUUAUUAGACUAUUCUAUCAAAUAUAUUUGUUACUCUAUAUCAAUACAAUCAUCGGUUAAUUCUAUACAUCAAAUUUCCGAUGGUUUGACAAAAUAUCAUAUAACGUGAGAUUUGAAUCU